AUGGCUCAGAAAAUUAAGAAACUUAGGAAGCGAAUUGAGGGUCUUAACGUUGAUAGGAAAAUUUUCAAUUUUACUAAUCACACUCCUGAGAAACGAGUUAUGAGGCAGAGAGUAACUCAUUCCUUCAUUCGUGAGGAAAAAGUCAUAGGAAGAGACGACGAAAAGAAGGAUUUGAUAAAGUUAUUGUUGAACACUGACAUCGAUGUCAAAGGAAAUGUUUCAUGGGUGUGUGUUGCUGACGAUGAUUCUGAAGUGAAAGGUUUUGAUGUAGAAGGUAUUGCUGCUAAGAUCUUAGAAUCUAAGACUCGUGAUGAGAUGGAUCAAGUGCAACAAGAACUCCGUACAAAAAUUGACGGAAAUAGAUAUUUGCUCAUUUUAGAUGACAUGUGGAAUGAGGAGCGUGAAAAUUGGCUUCAGUUGAUGACACUGUUGAGGGAUGGAGCAAAAGGAAGUAAAAUUGUCAUAACUACAAGGAGCGAGACGGUGGCCAAGAUAAGUGGAACAUCUUCCCUCUUCUCUUUAAAGGGUCUUGAUGAAAAACAAUCUUGGAAUUUGUUCAGUCAAUUAGCUUUUGAGAAUCGAAAAGAAUCAGAGAAUCCAAUUUGGGUGUCAAUUGGCAAGGAAAUUUCAAAAAAAUGUUCAGGGGUACCUCUUGCUCAUAAAAGUAUUGGAAGUUUAAUGUUUUCUAUGGAAACUGAGAAGGAUUGGUUGAACUUCAAGAACAAAGAUCUUAUCAAAAUUGAUGAGCAGGGUGGCAAUAAAAUUUUUCAACUUAUCAAACUAAGUUAUGAUCAUCUACCCUUUUAUCUGAAAAAGUGCUUUGCAUUUUGCUCUUUGUUUCCAAAAGACUAUCGAAUUGAGAAGAAAAAGUUGAUUCGACUUUGGAUUGCACAAGGUCUCGUUCAUUCAUCCGAUGAAAGUACAAAUUUAGAAGAUAAUGGUGAUAAGUACUUCUUGACUUUACUUCAUAGAUCUAUCUUUCAAGGUAUAGUCAAAGAACCCCUUGGUGACUGA